GCUGAGGCGACGAGCGAGGCGGCGGCGCCCCAGAGCCGAGGGGACGCGCGGGUGUCGCGCAGCGGGAGCGGACGCUUUGGAGCAGUCGCGGGACCCCGGCGGGAGAGCUCAGCUUCACCGCUGCUCUCCUGGGGGGCGCCGGUCGCUUCCCGGGCCCGGAGCGGCCGCCGCCCCGGGAGACGCGCGGUGACACGGGCCUAAGGCGCCGCGGGCCGCGAGCGUCCGCGCCGCUCCGACCCGUGCGGCCCGGUGCGGGCUGGGGACGAGCGCCGGGGCAGGUGCAGCCCCCGGGGCCCGCGAGCGAGGUGCCCACCGUGCGUCUCGGCCCGUCCCGGCUCGCAGCGGCCGCGCGCCCCUCUCCGGGGCCGGAGCCCGGUCGGCGCCCCGCCUUCUCCGGGGAGCGCCCGGCGGGAGCGGCCCGGACCCUGGGCUCGCGCGGGAGACGAGGCGCCACAAACUUUGCCUUUUAUUGUUCUUAGCCCUUUAAGUGCCAGGGGCUCUGUUGGGCUGGAAAAAUGUCCUUCUUCAAUUUCCGUAAGAUCUUCAAGUUGGGGAGCGAGAAGAAGAAGAAACAGUACGAACACGUGAAGAGAGACCUGAACCCCGAAGAGUUUUGGGAGAUUAUCGGAGAACUGGGCGACGGAGCCUUUGGGAAAGUGUAUAAGGCCCAGAAUAAAGAGACCAAUGUUUUAGCUGCUGCAAAGGUGAUUGACACCAAAUCUGAAGAAGAACUUGAAGAUUAUAUGGUUGAGAUUGACAUAUUAGCAUCUUGUGAUCACCCAAACAUAGUCAAGCUUCUAGAUGCCUUCUAUUAUGAGAACAAUCUUUGGAUCCUCAUUGAAUUCUGUGCAGGGGGAGCCGUAGAUGCUGUGAUGCUUGAACUUGAGAGACCAUUAACUGAGUCCCAAAUUCAAGUAGUUUGCAAGCAGACAUUAGAGGCGCUGAAUUACUUACAUGACAAUAAAAUCAUCCACAGAGAUCUAAAAGCUGGCAAUAUUCUUUUUACCUUAGAUGGAGACAUUAAAUUAGCGGAUUUUGGAGUGUCAGCUAAAAAUACCAGGACAAUUCAAAGGAGGGAUUCAUUUAUUGGCACACCAUACUGGAUGGCUCCUGAAGUAGUCAUGUGUGAGACAUCAAAGGACAGACCUUAUGACUACAAAGCUGACGUUUGGUCCCUGGGUAUUACUUUAAUAGAAAUGGCUGAGAUAGAGCCACCUCAUCAUGAGUUAAAUCCAAUGCGAGUGCUGCUGAAAAUAGCAAAAUCUGAGCCCCCAACAUUAGCACAGCCAUCAAAAUGGUCUUCAAAUUUUAAGGACUUUCUAAAGAAAUGCUUGGAAAAGAAUGUGGAUGCCCGGUGGACCACAUCUCAGCUGUUACAGCAUCCCUUUGUUACCGUUGAUUCCAACAAGCCAGUCCGAGAGUUGAUUGCUGAGGCAAAGGCUGAAGUAACAGAAGAAGUUGAAGAUGGCAAAGAAGAAGAUGAUGAUGAUGAAACAGAGAAUGCUUUGCCAAUACCUGCAAAUAAACGUGCCUCCUCUGACCUCAGCAUUGCCAGCUCUGAAGAAGAUAAACUUUCACAAAAUGCUUGUAUUUUGGAAUCUGUGUCAGAAAGAACAGAACAGAGUACUUCCGGGGAUAAAUUUAGCAACAAAGUUCUUAAUGAGAAACCUACUACUGAUGGACCUGAGAAGGCUGUGGAGUGUAUUAAUGAGCAUAUAAAUGAUGUUAACUUAGAAACUGUGGCUGAACCAAAUGACCAAACAGUAGGAAUCCAUGAGAAUGGGAGAGAGAAGAAAAGACCUAAGCUGGAAAAUCUAUCAGAUAUAGAAGACCAGCAAACUGUGGAUGUUAAUUCAGUCAGUGAAGGAAAUGAGAAUAAUAUAGUAACUUUAGAAAUGAACACUGAUUGUCUGAAACCAGAGGAAGACAGAAACAAAGAAAACCAAGAGAUACUUGAGAAUAAACUUAUACAAUCUGAAGAAAUUAAAGAUAUACAUAUUCAAACAAUGGACUUGGUUUCUCAAGAGACUGGAGAAAAAGAGGCAGAUUUUCAGGCAAUUGACAAUGAAGUUGGGUUUACAAAGGAAGAAACCCAAGAGAAAUUGGAAAAAGAUGAUACAAGUCAAAAAGUUGUAAUCAGUGAUAGAAGCAGUGAGGUGGGAACAGACGAGGCUCUAGAUGAUACUCAGAAGGCAGCUGAGCACAGCAAGGAUUCGCAGAGUGGGGCCAGGGAAGAAGCCUUGGAGCCCACCCAGACACUAACAGAGAAGCCCACAGAGGGCCCUGAGGCUGGUGGUGCUGAGAAGGAGCUUCCCGGUGGAGAGAGAGUUGAGGAUAAACAGCUAGAGCAACAGUCUGCAGUGUGUGAAGGUGAGGAACAGUUAACCAGCACUUCAGAGACCACACGGGCAGCCCAGGAGGAGCCAGAGACAGAUGAAGUUGAGCAAAUCAGCAAGUCCAAUAACACUGAGGAACUAGAGCGACUUGUAGUUACUGGUGCUGAAGAACAGGUUCUAGGGAGUGAAGGUGAGGCAGCUGCUACUGAGUUCGAUUUGAAGAGAAAAGACAAUGCACAGAAAGUGCCGGUUAAAGCAGAGCCCGCAUCACAACCCAGUGAGCCUCACCCUGUCUUAAUACCCAGUAUUAAUAUUAAUUCUGAAAACACAGAAAAUAAAGGAGAAAUGGGUGCUUUGCCAAAACCUGAAACCACACUGCCACCAGAGCCUGAAAAUGAAAAGGGAAAUGACACGGACUCAGGGACUGGGUCCACUGUGGAGAACAGCAGUAGUGACCUGAACUUGUCCAUCUCUAGCUUCCUAAGCAAAACUAAGGACAGUGGCUCAGUGUCUCUGCAGGAGACAAGAAGACAGAAGAAAACAUUGAAGAAAACACGCAAAUUUAUUGUCGAUGGUGUAGAAGUGAGUGUCACAACAUCGAAGAUAGUUACAGACAGCGACUCCAAAACUGAGGAAUUGCGAUUUCUCAGGCGCCAGGAACUCCGAGAGCUAAGGUUUCUUCAGAAGGAAGAGCAGAGAGCCCAGCAGCAGCUCAAUGGGAAACUGCAGCAGCAGCGUGAGCAGAUCUUCAGACGCUUUGAGCAGGAGAUGUUGAGUAAGAAGCGACAGUAUGACCAAGAAAUUGAGAAUCUAGAGAAGCAGCAGAAACAGACAAUUGAACGGCUAGAACAAGAACACACUAACCGCCUGAGAGACGAAGCUAAGCGCAUCAAAGGAGAGCAGGAGAAGGAGCUGUCCAAGUUCCAGAAUAUGCUAAGAAACCGCAAGAAGGAGGAACAAGAAUUUGUUCAGAAGCAACAGCAAGAGUUAGAUGGCUCUCUGAAAAAGAUUAUCCAGCAGCAGAAGGCAGAGUUGGCCAAUAUUGAGAGAGAGUGCCUGAAUAACAAGCAGCAGCUCAUGAGAGCUCGAGAAGCUGCGAUUUGGGAGCUUGAAGAACGACAUUUGCAAGAAAAGCACCAGCUGCUUAAACAGCAGCUUAAAGAUCAGUAUUUCAUGCAGAGACAUCAGCUGCUUAAACGCCAUGAGAAGGAAACAGAACAAAUGCAGCGUUACAAUCAACGACUUAUUGAAGAAUUGAAAAACAGACAGACUCAGGAACGAGCAAGACUGCCCAAGAUUCAAAGAAGUGAAGCCAAGACACGAAUGGCCAUGUUUAAAAAAAGUUUGAGGAUUAACUCAACAGCCACACCAGACCAGGACCGUGAAAAAAUUAAACAGUUUGCUGCACAAGAAGAAAAGAGACAGAAAAAUGAGAGAAUGGCUCAGCAUCAGAAACACGAGAGCCAGAUGCGGGAUCUUCAGCUGCAGUGUGAAGCCAACGUCCGAGAGCUGCACCAGCUGCAGAAUGAAAAAUGCCACCUGUUGGUUGAACAUGAGACUCAGAAACUGAAGGAGUUAGAUGAGGAGCAUAGCCAGGAGCUGAAGGAGUGGAGAGAGAAGCUGAGACCCAGGAAAAAGACACUGGAAGAAGAGUUUGCCAGGAAACUGCAGGAGCAGGAAGUAUUCUUUAAAAUGACUGGGGAGUCUGAAUGUCUUAAUCCAUCAGCGCAGAGCCGGAUCUCCAAAUUCUACCCUAUUCCCACCUUACACUCCACUGGGUCGUAGCAGCAGCAGCGUCCUCAUCUGGGUUUGGCUUCUAAGUACACCAUUGUGUUCUCUUCGUCUUCCACAGUGUGUGUGACUGACGACAAAGACAUCACCUGUCCAUCUUCUUGGUGGUUUUUAAAAUUUCUUUCUUGGAUUUUAUUGUUAAACAAAGAUGAAGGGCAACCGAACUAAGAUAGAUGCUAGGCCAUGUUGGCAACAUAGCAUCUCGCAGUAAUUCCCUAAGGUGAUUUCGUAUAUUGACCUUAAAUAGUGUGUUCUUUAGACACUGUUAUUGAAAACUGCCAGAGACAUAAUGUUUAAAGUUAUUUGGUAAAUAUAUCUGUUACAUCACUUAGUAUUAAUAAAUACUGUUUUACCUGAUUUCUCAAUGAUGCUAAAUUCUAUAGAUAGGAUUCUGCUGUAGAAUUGGAAUAAUUUUCUUUUGGUAAACCAACUCUUAUUUUAAAAAAGCCAUGAGUUACAGAGUACUUUAUUGAUUCAGUACAUAGAUAUAUUUUUAUCACUAACCAGGAUCAAAUCUUUAAAAGAGAAAAGUUAUUUCAGUAAUUUGUCACAAACAUUAGCCUGUGUCAGUAGGAGCUAAUUAUUAAGGUGCUAAUUUUAUUAAGAUAGUGCCUAAAACACUAAAUUUUAAACAUAUGUAAAAUGGGGUUUUCCCUUUGGUCAAUAGGAACAAAGUACCCCUCUCACUGAACAUCACAGUUAUAAAAACGUGUUUAUAUUACCAUUCAAUAGAAAAUUACAUCCUAAAACAAAUGUUGUACAAGUUGGGAAGAUGGAAGAACUAGCUUUAAAAUGUGAGUUGGUUGUGCUCUCCCCUCUUCUCUCUGAGGGAGAACCUACAGUUCAGCGUGUUCUGCCACCAUGAGAACUUAGGUGGCUCUGCCCUGAGCUACAGUCACAGCUACCAUUCUGAAGCUAGUCUUAGAGGAGUGCUUGGCCACAACGGAGCUCCAUUCAUAUCAGGCACACACCCAGAGUGACACUGGGUUGUUUCCAAUGGGGUUAUUCAAGUGCAUUUUGGUUUUAUUUUGUUCUAUGUUUAAAUUAAUUACUUUGAGUCGGAAAAGCCUGAAGUCUCUGUCAUGUGGUUGUCGGUCCAUGUGAUUAUCAUGAAGUGUUCACUCUUAGUUCCUUUUGAAGUUCAGAAUCUUAGCCACAUGUCCGGUCAGCAGUGUUAAAAACAGCACAUUUGUGAAUGAUGCUCGCUGCCUGCCAUUGGCAACGUGUUCUAAGAGUGCUGGGUACCAAAUUGUUACCAGUAUUUAUUAUAUUUUGAGGUUGGUGAAAAGUAGAAGUCUCAGUGUAAUGUGGGAACAACAGCUCAUGUAAGAAACUGUAGAUGUCUGUAGUGCUUUCUUGCAGUUCAUUUGAAACCUUGGAUGCUGAGUUUUACCUGGUUUAGAUGGUUUAAAAAUGCAUGUGUAAUUUUAAUUUUAUAAUUAUUUUGACAAGCAUAAUUAUUCUGGACAACCUUGUAGGUAGCCUUAACUUUCAGCCAACUUUGUUUUUUAUAUAAAUAUAUAUAUACAUAUAUAUAUAUAUAAAAUGUAUGGUUGUAAAUUCAUACACUUAUCACAUGAAUGUGUUACUAUAUACAGAACUCUUAAUGCUUUAUUUUCAGAUGCUGGGUUGAAAACUGUUUGAAAGCCUUUAAAUAUAUAUCUUUAUAAAGUAAUAUUCAGGAUGAUGAUGGAAAUUGUUUAUAUUGUUAUGAUAAAAGAUGGUGUUAUGUUGCUCAGUGUAUUUAAUGAUUUAUUUGAAGAGGGAGAGGGGAGGAAGGCUCUCAUACCACUUUCUCCUUUGAAUUUUUACAAAUCAAUUCUGUAGUCAGUGGAUUUUCUUUUCAGUUUCAUUCAGGUAAUUCAGACAUGAUUUGAUCUGAAUAUCUGCCCCUCCUGUUCUUUGACAUUUAGAGCAUUGUAUCUGGGAGGGAGGGUAAAAGGUGUCUCCCUGAAGCCUGCCGGCUAGAUUCCCUGCUCCUGCUUGGAGUUCUCUUUCAAGCAUGGCUGCCUUCCUGUGUGUGCAGGGACUGUUAUUGGAGCACACUCACCUCAGCACUUCAGGUUAUGCAUAGGAAGUGUUUUGUAACAGAACAAACCUGCCUACUCCUUCUAAGGCCUUACACCAAGUAGAUAAUAGUGAUUGUUCUUUCCUGUGUGAAGUAUAGGUGGGGAGGGGCUGAGGGGCAGAGGCAUCCAUUCACACAGUGAGUCCAUUCCUGACUAGGUCACUCGGUUGCUAUGGCAGAAUGUGCCAUGCAGUGCAUAAAGGAAGUUGUCAACAGUCACCUCCCCAUUCCCUGCAUGCUAUGGACACGCCACACCUCCUCCCCACCUCUGCAGGUCCAGCUCCUAGAGCCCUAGUACAGGGCUUCUUCCUUAACCUGUUGAGGCUCAGCUGUGGGCCGCUGGCUGAAUCAGCUGUUUGAGGUGGAGUCAUAUUAAGCUCUUUCUUACUUUUUCUGUGCGUCAGGAGGACACUUGGAGUGUUUUUAGGUUGCUGAGAAUAUUGGAAGCUUCUCCCAUGACAGGACACGGCAAGUUGUAACUAAGUAGGAAGCAGAACCAGAGCUACCUCUACGCAGUGUUUUCUGAAGCACACGCUCUCAGGCAUAGGAGACCCUCAUGGAGGCUCUCUGAUUUCUUGAGCAUCAGCAAGUCUCAGAAGUGAUUGUUUUUUGUACUCUUCCAGGUCCCUCAUCCCUUCAUACUCUCCCCCAUUCUACACUGUGCUUAUUAAAUGACAAAGACUCUUCUAAGCCAAACUUGGCCAAAUUAAUAGCUAGAAACAUUGCAGAAUGAAACAUCUAGAGCUGCAGUGGAAGAAGAGAGCGUCAGCUCUCUGAGAGCCUUCUGGUCCUCUCUGGGAGAUAAUCGUGUAGGGCGCGGGGUGGUUAUUUUUAAUGCUUCUCUUAAGUCAGAGGCAACAGUUGAUGUGUCUGCUGUACUGUUCUUUGGCUGACAUGGUUUUAAUAAUGCUUUAAAAUUUCUGCUACAAAGCUUGGAGUAGAGUGUUUUGCCAGUUUCAAAUGUUGGCUGCAGCUUAAAAAAAUAUGAUUCUUUGCAGUAUCAUAAGUUCACAAGCUAAGUUUUCAAAGAGAAUUUUGUUUCACAUUAUGCUUCUUGCCUAUUUGGGAUCAGAAACAUGCCUUUUCAAUCAUGGGAUUGUCAAACAAUAAAGCUAUUUCUUACUCUA